AGAGAAAGCAUCAUAAACAGUUUGACUCCCGCACCGGUAACACUCACAACAUUUACUCAAGACAACGCAAUGUCGAAGAUGUCAGCUAUAAAUAAACCACAACUCAACUUCAACAACUAUAAGAAAAAGAUUAUGGUUUAUUCCCACAAAUCGAAAGUCUCGCCUACACGCCGACUAACGAAUAUAGUGAAGCCGUUGAUCAGACAUCUCUUCAAGAUAAAGGCAAAGCAGCCAAAGCGAAGCUCCUAUAUCGCAUCAGAGGAAAAGGAGGCAGAGUUCGACUGGCUAAACAACGACAUGGAUAAUAUGUCAAACGAGCAUCUAGAGAACCGACUUAUUGAUGAGAUCAGGCAGUGUGCCAAGGAGGACGCCAUAAUCGUAUACGACGAAAACGGAUCCGGCGAACUUCACACAUUCGAUCACGAGGACUACUAUGUGCCCGUGCACUUCGCACGGACCAAUGGCGGUACAUUCUUCUGGACUUCAUUUCAACCCAGCCACCAAGUGAAGCCCUAUGACAUUGAGUGGAACUUUCACGAUCGUUGGGCACAGGCGUGAAGGACACGAAUGUGAUGCAUCUGGGUUCUAGCAUUUUCAAGUCUGGGUACGACUUAGUAGGUUGAAAAAUCAAGACUUCGCCUGUCUUCGGGACCAAAUUUUUGGGCUCUUUGAUCUUGGACACAUCAGGAUCUUAUCCGGAGUAGACAGAUAUAUCCCUAGGGAUACUCGAAUUGCUUUGCAUUUUAGAUUGGACUUAAAAUGUUUAAAGCGUCAUCAGAAUUCAUUCACUAUGGCACGACAUAUACAAUUUGUACUUUUGCCAGCAUUAAAGUAUAUAAUUUGCAUAGGACUGUACCGUGGACGAGGAUUGUAAUGUUGAAAAAAUAAAGAAACAAAGCAAUAUAAAUAAAAUAUAAUAUUU